AUGGUCAAUACAACGAGUUUUGGGGGGGAGUUGAAGGUGCCGCUUGGGAUGGGACCAAAGUUAGAUGAACUGAAGGCAGCAUUAGCGUUCUGUCCGCUUUGGAGUUUUGAAAAGCGCAAGUGGUUGGGGCUGCUACUUCUUCAAGCCAUGGGAGUCUAUUGUUUGCAUCACAAUUCAAGGAUACCCUUUCAAAGUGCAAUAAGGGUAUUCGACGAUGAAGCCAUGAGGUCGUAUCCAUGGGGUCGGACUGCAUACGAAGUUCUAAUUGACUCUAUUAAAACGUUGGCUCCAGAUGGAGGUUCAUACACAAUAAGCGGCAUGAAGGACGCGUUAUUGAUUUGGGCUUAUGAAUCCGUCACAUGCUUCGGUGAGAGUUUUGGGAGAGUGAUCAAUAACGAAGACGUUCCGCUUUUGCGAUGGGGUGGAAAGAGUACACGUGCAAACUUUGAUAAAUUGUUGUCUGCCGAAAUCGAAAAGCAUGGCGAGGUGCGUGUGAGGAGAAUAAUUUUGAAGGACUCAAUUGAAGAGAUGUUUCCUAUUUGGCCGGGUGAAGAUGACGACCCACAACUCGUUAGGUUGAUAACAGACAUACAUUCAAGUAGAUUUGUGAAAGGUUUGUGGGAAGUGCAGGGGAAUGCAAAGGGGAAGGGGAAUGAGAAGAAGAGAAUGAAGGGUGGAGUUUCGUCAGAAGCUGAGCCACCCACUAAGAAGCAGAAGAAAGUUAAGACACAGAAUGAGUCUGAAGCUGAUGCAGCGGGAAAGGGUUCUAGCGAGAAGGAAGGUAGCAAAGAGUUGGUGUUGGAGAACAAAGCGACUCUAACGACCAUUGUGAGUACUCUGGAUACUAUUUCCAGAAAAUUUGAUCAGGUUGACUCACGGUUGGAAGCUUACAAGUUAGACCAGAACAGACCAUUGAUGGACCAAAAGACCAUUGAUGACAGGGUGAAUGCUUUACUGGAGGAGCGUCUGAAAGAUCUGGGGAUUGGGAAAAUUCCCGAAAACCAUGAUAACCCCUCUCCACAAUUAUCAGAUAACUCUUUAUCGAUGGCAUCACCGGUGGUUCGAACGCAUCAGAAGUCUGUCAAUAGUCCAGCGUUAGUAGCUGCGACUCCUGGUAAGGAGUUUGGACCGAAAAAGAAUUUGGCCAAGGAGCUUGAAAAGGAAUCAGGGGUGAAAAGGACUUUGAAUGAGGAGUUUGGUAGUGUCGAUAAAGCUACUAAUAUGCGGCCUCUUGAUUUCACAGUACUUGACUUAUGUUGUUAUUAA